AUGCCCUCAAGCACAGCGUUUGUCGUCGAGGGAGGAAAGGCAGCCGUUCAAUCAUUCCAACCCUGCCAUAUAUUCGGUGAUGGCGACAUCUACGGAGUUGGCGUGCGCGUCAGCUUUUACAUCCAGUUCUUCUCUUCAAUCGCUGCGCUUGCCGCCAACAUUGACGAAUGCAUCACACUGUCAACAAACACAUUAACCAUCAUCGGCAUGGCGCUGUGGAUAAACCUCAUGGUCAAUUCGACUGGAGAUACCCUGGUCAUUUUGGAUUGGGUCAUUAUCCUUAGCAUCAUCGCAUUUCUUCCAUUCUAUGCCAUCUGGCGCCCCUCCCAUUAUCUUUUCAAUGCGUUGCGUUCUACAAAGGCAGCAGAAAAUCUUAGAAAGCAAGAGGCCCCGGUGCAACAAGCCAUCAAUCAGUUGGUAGAAAUCGAAUACCAGGAAUACCAACUUGUCCAAUUGUGGAGCGCUGGUGAGGACGAUCAGGGCAGACUGUGGGUGAAGUACCAGCAGGCCGUUAGAGCCUACAUUGCAACUAUAACAAUCGAACUUGGCGAUGCAAACGUAGCGACACCCACCUUCAAUAACGGCUUUGUACCUAUCUCCACACUUGAGGACUAUCUCGAUCACUAUCUGCAAAAGAAUGACGCAAAUGAUAUAGAUGGCGCGGAUUUGGCUCUGCGCCUCUUUCUACAGAAGAUCACCCAUGAUAUGCGGAAAUUACUCGCAGAAAUGUACGCAGAGAUAUUAGGUUCUGCAAUAAUCAGUCACGGCUUCGUGUUGCUAACGUGGAGUGCAUACCUCUUAUCAACUCCAUGGCUUUUUUUCAACGGUUUCGACAAUGGCAGGAAAGAGAGUUGCACAAUCAAAACAAUGGACGUUUUCUUUAUCCCAAUCAGCAUUUAUAGCCGCGGCCACCUUAUAUGGCUUCGGGUAUCUUCGGUGGCGUUGAGUAUAGCAGCAGCGUCGGGCAUACUUUAUGGCUUAAGUUUGAUAUACAUCGGUAUCACACAACUCCUCAAAGAAUUAAGAGACGCACCCAAAAUCCGAAGGGCGCGAAGAGAUGUCACUGUACGCACAAACCCGCCGGCAAGCACAGCCAGCACCGAAGGCCAAGGUGAUGAAGCCCAAGCUAAGUUGCUUGACGAAUUGAGAGCCGACGCAUUUUGGGACGAGUUUUCGAAUGACGAGCUGCGUCUCUUACGUCUUUACUGGAAUUGGGCCUUGCCAAUAUGCUUGUCAAUAGCAAUUGGUACGAUAAUUCUUGUGGAGGUGACGAUCCGGUAUGUAAACCAUAUCGACCUGAGUCGCUCAUCAAUCACAACACCAAGCCAACUUUAUCCCCUACUCCUGAGCAUAUUUUCAGCAGUCCCAGUAUUCUUGGAGACGAUAAAUAAAUUCAUUACGGAUGAUGAGUUCAGGGACCAAUGGAAGAAGGCUUGGAUUUUUUACCGGAUUUUUGGCAAGAAAGAAAGUGUAAACCCCAAUCAAGUCACCGACCCAGCCGAGAAUCCACCACAAAUGAGAACCGCAAGCAAUGACUCAUUAAUCAUACGCGCAGAGGAAGGUAGACGAAGUGAAGAGCCACGGACAAGAGUUGUCUGA